AUGCUGAACCAGACCGAGAUCGCCAACAACAACAAUAAGUUCUACAUCAUCCAGGUCCUCAAAGAUGACAACUCCGAGCAGUACUAUUUCUGGAACCGCUGGGGCCGCGUUGGCGCUGUGGGCCAAAGCAAGCAUGUUGCGACAUCGCGAACCGGAGCCAUCGCUAUGUUCGAGUCCAAGUUCAGCGACAAGACUCGCAAUCAGUGGGCGAACCGAGCAAAGUUCACAAAGGUUCCUGGAAAGUACUUUUUGAUCGAGAGAGACUUUGGUGACGACGAUGAGCAAACCAAGGAAGAACUCGACAAAGCCAACAAAUCGCCUGUGAAGAUCCCUGAUUCCAAACUGGACAAGCGUGUCCAGGACCUCGUCGGUCUCAUCAGCAACCUCGAGAUGAUGACCAAGGCCAUGAUCGAGAUUGGCUACGACGCCAAGAAAAUGCCCCUUGGCAAGCUCACCAAGGACAAUAUCGCCAAGGGCUACGAAGUCCUGAAGCAAAUCGCUGCCGAGAUGGAGGGUGCCAAGCGCAACAACGUCCUGACCAGCCUCAGUUCGUCCUUCUACACCAUUAUUCCGCAUGCGUUUAGCGGGCGCCAAAUACCGCCGGUGAUCAACAACGGCCCCCUCCUGAAACAAAAGCUCGAGAUGGUCGAGGCCCUUGGCGAUAUCCAGAUUGCCCAGACUGUGCUCAAGACCGCACAGAACAACCUCGACGAAAAUCCCAUCGACGCAAAGUACCAUUCGCUCAAGUGCGGGCUCACGCCCGUGGACCGCGACUCCGAAACCUGGUCCCUUAUCGACAAGUACACGCAAAACACCCAUGCUGCAACCCACAACCAGUACAAUCUCGAGGUCCUCGAUGUUUUCGAGGUUGCGCGCGACGGCGAAGAGGAUCGGUUCAAGAGCAAGAUGGCAGAGGACAAGGAGGUCGGCACCAACCGCAAGCUUCUGUGGCAUGGUUCUCGCCUCACCAACUUUGUGGGCAUCUUGAGCCAGGGCCUGCGCAUCGCCCCGCCCGAAGCGCCUGUGACCGGCUACAUGUUCGGCAAGGGUGUCUACUUUGCCGAUAUGGUCUCGAAAUCGGCCAACUAUUGCUUCACGUCGUCGUCGCAGAACACGGGCGUGCUUCUGUUGUGUGAGGUCGCACUGGGCAAGGAGAACGAGCUGCUCCAUUCCGACUAUAAUGCCGACCAGAACCGCAAGAACAACAACGCCCACUCGACCAAGGGAUGUGGCGGCACCGCCCCCGAUCCCAAAUCAACGGUUACGCUGCCGGAUGGUGUCCAAGUGCCGUGUGGCAAGGGUGUAAGCACCAACGUCAAGGGCCACUUGCUCUAUAACGAGUUCAUUGUCUACGACGUUGCCCAGAUCAAGGUCCGGUACUUGAUCAAGAUGAAGGUAAGAACCGGCUCCUUUAGUCUCAAGAUUGUACAGCACACUCAGUACACACAGACACUAAUCCUUGGGAUCUGGUCCACUGCCUUCUGA